UACCAUUGUCACCUGUGGAGAGGGGUGUGUGCUGAAGUGUUUCCAGUUAAUAAAACACUCGAGUCUGUACUGGGUUACUGGUGUGGUCGUGUUGAUGACAUUUAAAUUGUAUUUUGGUUAAGAGAAAUUCGCCCUUAUGAUAUAUGUGCGUUAUUUAAUAAUAAUAAUGAGUCGCGAUCACCCUGUGACAGGUUUUCCUGAAGUCCCACACACAUCCACACAGAUCCAUUCCCCUCGACUGCGGCUCCUGCUGUGCUGAGAUCAGACAGUUUUUUCACGAUACCCUCUAAUUAUUUUCACAAGAACAUCUGGUCGUUUUUGCUGACAAACGUGGUGUUUUGUGGUAUUUUCCUCUGUAAAUCGAGAACAUAUGGCGCAUUUUUCCAUGUGAGGUGCUGUCAUUCAAAUCGAUGCGGAUCGGCGCCGUUAACGUUAUAAUCAAACAGGACUGAAUUAGUUCUUCAUUGUGAUUUAAAUAGCGCAAUAUGUGUUUUUGUAUGUGUUGUGAGGAUAACGCGUAUGUGUUUGAUCGGUACCGCAGUGUGCGGCAGGCCUGAUAAUCGGACGCGUGUGUCUGAUCUAAUCUUGGAGACGUCACGAGCGUCAUGUCUUUGACAGAUGUGUAGCUCUCGCGUUCAACUCUUCUGCUACUCUUGAGUUUCGUUAUGGAUCUAAAUUUUUACUCGGAUCUUUCAGACGGAAACGGGAGGUCCGAUGAGUCUGAGUUUCUGGAUCCUCACGCGUUUAACGGAUUUGACGCGGUUCAGAAGUUCCCAGGAGGAAGUGAUAACUACCUGACCAUCAGUGGAGAUGGACAUCACUUCCUUUCAUCAGAGAUGUUCCACACCCCAAGCCUGGGUGAUGAGGAGUUGGAGAUCCCGCCAAUUUCACUGGACCCGGACUCUACGCUCGGCGUCUCUGAUGUGGUGGCUCCUUUUGGAGAACUGGGCGACGGUGGUCACUCAUCUGGCGUUCCCGUGAAUGCUGUGGUCGGAGGGAAUGAUCCUUCUUUUGCCUCCACGUUUGUGAACGCACCCUCACAGGGACUCGAACAUCUCAGUCUGAUAAGUCAACAGCCCAUACUGGGAUCCACACUUGGAAUGGAUCUUGGCCAUCCCAUUACUUCACAGUUCAGUAGCUCUUCACCAAUGACCAUCGAUGUCCCGCUGGGUGACAUGAGCCACAGCUUGUUGGGACACAAUCAGCUAACCACUAUUGACCAAUCAGAACUCAGCGCUCAGCUCGGGUUGAGUCUGGGUGGCGGCACCAUUCUGCCCCGCCCACAGUCACCUGAUCAAUCACUGUCAGCCGCUGACUCACCGUCUGAUUCGAUUCAGGAUGAUGACGUGGACGAUUUUAGACGAAGCAUGCUGAUGGAUUCGCCCGUCUCUCUGUCCGUGUCUUCAGGCGUCGUCUCUCUCUCUCCCUCCGUGUUGGAUCCACCCGUCAUCGCUCCAGCGCCUUCCCCUGCUCCUGUACGGAAAGCCACCGGAGGGGGUGGAAAAAAAGGCAGGAAAAAGAAAGACCCGAACGAGCCGCAGAAACCCGUCUCGGCUUACGCUCUGUUUUUCAGAGACACCCAAGCUGCCAUCAAGGGUCAGAAUCCCAACGCUACGUUCGGAGAGGUUUCCAAGAUAGUUGCUUCCAUGUGGGAUAGUUUGGGGGAGGAGCAGAAACAGGUGUACAAGAGGAAGACGGAAGCUGCCAAGAAGGAAUACCUGAAAGCACUGACUGCUUAUAAAGCGGGUCAGCUGUCUCAGGCCACUAUUGAAGUGAUGGAUACAGCACCAUCUCCACCCGCAGCCCCUGAACCCCCACCCACCGCAACACCCACACGCUCCUCACGCAUCCCGCUGCACGCACCGGACAACAACACCAUCACCAACAUCUGCACCUCCAACAUCAUCUUAGACCUGCCGCAGGUCACCACGCGCUCGCGCACGGGGGCGCACAAGCCUGCGACGACGGCCCCGCCCCCUACCGCUCCCUCCCUGCCCGCCGUUACUAAAAUAGCACUUCCCAAACAUCAGGCGCAGUCCUCGCCAUCAGCCGCCACACCUCCGACCGCUCGCCAGCCUCCUCCGCUCCAGCAGAUGCAGAACACGCCCCCACCUCCACGUCUUCAACAGAUGGUACAUUCGCCGGCCCCGCCGCCUCUCCUGGCAAAACCGCGCGGGAGUGCCGGUGCGGGACAAGUCAUUGCCACGGCACCACCGCCUCCUCUCAAAAUAAAGAUAGUUCAUGCCCCCGUGCAGAUAGAUUUGAACUCGCAGAUCAUUGUGACGACUCCCGGCACGACACCGAUCGCUUCCACCGCAGUGGAGGAGUCACAGUCUACUGCUAUGGUGGAGGCGUUAUCACCAUCAGCAACAGAGGAGGUCGCCGAAGAAGCGAUGGAGGUGGAGUUAAAUGUUUCUCCAGGUCCAGACGUGACUCCGUCAGACGCUCCCAGUGUUUGCAUCCGGGCCGGCUGUACCAAUCCCUCUAUUGAGAGUAAAGACUGGGACAGGGAAUACUGCAGUAAUGAGUGUGUGGCUACACACUGCAGAGACGUGUUUAUGGCCUGGUGUGCGAUCAGAGGACAAAACUCAACGACUGUAACAUAGAAACAUCACAGACAGACGGACAGACAGAGCUUUAGGCUUUGACAUAAAAAUAUCUGAAAGACCAUCAAGAGCUUAUAAACUCUAUGAGGAACAGAUGAAAUAAAACUGAAUGGUCAGCGAGAAUAAGAAACAUGAAAACUCCAUCAUGGGACUUCCAUAAAAUGAAAUUUAUGGUAAAAAAAAAAACGUUUUAUAUAUUUUAAAAUGUCAUAGUUGUUUAUCUGAUCCUGCAGUGUUUGUUUGUCAUCGAUUCAGACAGAUUUUCUAUCUCUUUAUCUCUGUGUGUGUGAUAAUGUGAGUCUACUUAAAUGCAAGUACACAAGAUUAAUGCAUGACCGAUAAUGACUUGCUCAACAUUUCUAUUCUGUCUUAAAGGUGCAGUGUGUAAUUUUUAGAAGGAUUUCUUGACCGAAAUGCAAAAUAAUAUUCGAAACUAUAUUAUCAGGAGUGUAUAAAGACCUUUCAUAAUAUACCGUUAUAUGUUUAUUACCUGAGAAUAAAACGUUUUUACUCUACAUACACCAAGGGUCCCCUUACAUGGAAGUCGUCAUUUUGUGCUUCCAUGUUUCUACAGAAGCCCUUAACAGACAAACUUUUUUACUAAGUUGUCUCUGGCGAUGACAUGUUUGUCCCGUGGCGGCUACCGUAGCUUCUCUAUGUGUUUCAAAAGCGAGAGGUGAGGAGUGGACUGAGCCGUUGGUUGCAAUUCACCACCUCACCACUAGAUGCUGCUGAAAUUUACACACUGCACCUUUAAGAAAACGAUUUUAAAUCAACUUUUAAACUAAUAAUGCAAAGAC